AUGGAUAAUUUGAACUUAUGGCAGUUUCCCCCUCCUCCUUACACAACGAGUACGACGCAGACCUUGUUCAGCACCCAAGAAGAGUUACCAGGACCAAGAUGUGGUCAUACACUCACGGCUGUUUCUCAUCACCUAAUCCUUUUCGGCGGGUUUACUUCAGUCCCGAGCGGUGUAUCCGAUAACAGUUUACCAUGUUUAACCAAUUCAGUAUACUGUCUCAAUUCCUUAACCAAGAAAUGGAAAAGGCUUUAUCCAGAAGGUGAGCCUCCCUCUCCUAGGACUAAUCAUGCAGCCGUCUCAUGUGGCGAUGGUGUCCUUAUUCAGGGUGGAAUGGGUCCAUCAGGCAUUUGUAACGGAGAUCUCCAUGUCCUUGACAUGAGUGGUGAAACGUUCAAAUGGAAAAAGGUGGUGGUUGAAGAGGGUAUGGCUCCAGGUCCUCGCUAUGGCCAUGUAAUGGGUUUAGCUGGGGAAAAGCUUGUUAUAUUCGGUGGGAAAAACGGAAAUUUGGUUCUCGCCGAUACAUGGGCAUUGAGUACGACUACGAAACCAAAUGUGUGGGAAAGAUUGUACCCAAAUGGGGAUCUGCCUCCUGGGAGAGUGUAUGCUUCUGCUAGUACUAGAGAUCGUCGUUAUUUUGUGCUAUACGGCGGAAGGGACCAACAUGGGAUGCCACUGGGAGAUGCUUACAGGCUGGAAUCACUUAGCAGUAGUGGCUUUUGGGUGUGGACUCGUAGUCCAGGCUUAGAUCUUUCCAAGAGAUACCAACAUGCAGCGGUUUUUCUAAAUCCACGAUUGCAUGUCAUUGGGGGUGUGCUGAGUAAUACUCGCCAAGUAGAUGCUGAAAAAGCUGUUUCAGUGCUUGAUACUUCUACUGGUGUAUGGAUUGAUACUUCGAAUGAACUUAUGCGACGUAGUCUCCAUGCUGCUGAAUCGGUUGGCAACCGUAUAUAUGUGUAUGGUGGGCUUAGAGAAGGUGUAUUACUCGACGAUUUACUAGUCUCUGGAGAACUUUUAAGUUCUGGACCAACAGUCCCAUCCUAUUUGGGGAGUUCGCCGGAGACUCCAAGGCCACCUGCGAGUGAAAUGAACGAUAGUUAUAAGCCAAGUUUCUCGAGAGAGAAGUUACAAGACUUGGUUAACAAGGUCAUCUCAACCUUGUUAAGACCUCAAACUUGGGAACCUCCUGUCGAUAGAAAGUUCUUCUUGAGCUUCCCUGAAUUGGCUGAGCUGUGCUUCGCUGCGAAGCAAAUCAUCGAGCAAGAGCCAACAGUGUUGCAGUUAAAUGCUCCAAUUAAAGUCUUUGGAGAUCUCCAUGGUCAAUUCGGUGAUCUGAUGCGGCUAUUUUAUGAGUAUGGAUAUCCUUCAAGGCAAGGAGAUAUCUCGUAUAUUGACUAUUUGUUUUUGGGAGAUUAUGUUGACCGAGGAAAACACAGCUUGGAGACCAUAAUAUUGCUGCUUGCUUUGAAGGUUGAGUAUCCAAAGAACAUCCAUUUGAUCCGUGGAAAUCAUGAGGCUGAAACGACGAAUAGAGUGUAUGGCUUUUUCAACGAAUGCAUAGAAAGAAUAGUACGUGUCUGUCUAUCUGUUCACAGAAUAUAUAUUUUCUACUUGUUCUUGACUAAUGAAGUAAUGAUAAUCUUUUUCUAUGCAAAUCGCCAGGAGUUGAACGAUGGGAAUCGUGCAUUUAAGUUGAUUAAUGAUUUUUUCACUCAUCUUCCCCUUGCUGCCCUAAUUGAGAAGAAGAUUUUCUGUGUACACGGUGGGAUUGGUUCCUCAGUAUUCACAGUGGAACAGAUUGCAAAUAUGAAGAGGCCCGUUGAUAUUGAUUGCGAAUAUAAUUAUAAAGUUAUGAAAGACUUAUUAUGGUCUGAUCCUACAGCGCAUGAUACCAUUUUGGGCAUAGGAACAAAUAAAAGAGGACCCAAUAUUGUCUCUUUUGGGCCUGAUAGAGUCAAUGCAUUUUGUGAGAGAAAUGGCAUAGAUUUGAUUUUAAGAGGGCACGAGUGUGUACUUGAUGGUUUCGAAAGAUUUGCAAAAGGAAAGCUCAUUACUGUUUUUUCUGCUACAAACUACUGCGGAAUAUUCAAAAAUGCUGGAGCAAUAUUGGUUAUUGGUAGAAAUUUAGACGUUGUUCCUAAGUUGAUUCAUCCUCUUCCACCUCCCAUCUCACCUGAAGAAAACCUUCCGGAUAAAGCAUGGAUUGAGGUAAGACCUUUGGACCACACUAGGUUUCUCUACCAUGUGGACAGCGAGAGGCCGCCUACUCCAGUUCGCGGGUUUCCAAAGCCUGAAUUUGAGCAAGGCUCAACUUCAUAA